GGUGCCUGUCCAGGACGGAGAGUCGCGGAAUGGUCGCCUUGCGUGGCCCACACAUUGCGGCGUCGCCCUCAUCGUAGGCUGCGGAGUUGUGUCCUUGGCAUGACGGGCUCGAGGUGAUUAUUCAACGUGGUUGGGAUCAUUGGCUUGUUGUGAUUAGAAUGGUUGACGCGUUACGUAUUGCUCGUAUUAGUUGUCGUGAGGUUGUGCGGAGUUGAGAUCUUGCGGUCAUGUCGAAGAGUAAGACACUCGUGGAGUAUAUAAUGUCCAUUGCAGCCGUGCUGUAGGAAAUAUUAGCAAGCAAAGCAUCAACACUCAAGCGAACCUUUCAAGACUCAAGGCCUUCUUCCAAUACUUCACCUGCUCUUGCAAUAAUCCCCAUCAGCCAUCCAUCGCCAUGUCUUCCACUAAGCUCAUCACUGUCUAUGGUGCCACCGGUUCUCAGGGUGGCAGCGUCGUCACCUCUCUUCUCCAGAACAAGAGCAAUGCAUUUUCCCUGCGAGGAAUUACUCGUAACCCAGACUCCGACAAGGCCAAGGCACUGACGUCUCAGGGUGUUGAGGUUGUGAAGGCCGAUGGUUUUGUUAAGGAGGAGUUGAUCGAGGCCUUUCGGGGAAGCUGGGGAGUAUUUGUUAACACUAACUCAGACGACCCUGCCGUGAACCAGCCGGAAGGACCGAGCGAGACUGACCUGGGAAAGAUCAUCGUUGACGCUGCAGUCGAGGCUAGAGUCCGCCACUUCGUCUACAGCGGCAUGGAGUCUGCGUCCAAGAUCACCAAGGGAGCUGUGCCUAACAAGGCCUUCGAGGAGAAGCACGAUAUCGGAGAGUACGCCAAGAGCAAGGGUGUCUUCGAGACAGUCAACAUUGUCAGCCCCGGUUGGUACAUGGAGAACCACCUCGUUGAGGAGAUUGCCCCCGUCAUGGGAGGGUUCCCGUUCGUCGCUGAUGAUGAGGGCUACCUGACUCUGCGCGUCCCUCGCUGGGGUGGCAAUGACGAGAUCCCCUUCAUCUCCAUCAUUGAGGACUAUGGCGACCUCGUCCACGGUGUGUUCCUUGCCCCGGAGAAGUACAACGGGCGCCUGUUGCAGGGCAUCAGCUCCAGCGCGACUCCGGAGCAGCUCGUGUCCGAUUUCCAGAAAGUCACCGGAAAGAAGGCGCGAUUUGUGCCAAUCGAGGACUGGAAGUCUAUGGAGACAUAUGGCGUUGGUGCAUUAGAGACGGUCAAGUACAUGUUCGGUUUCUGCCAGCACUCGGGAGGCCUGUACUAUGGCGUGCCCAACGACGUGGUCACCGCGGGUGAGCUGAAGGCCAGAGCGGCGGUGGCCAAGGGGGAGUCUGGCGACCAGGCCAAACUAACGUCGCUGGAGAGCUUCAUCACCAAGUACUUUGCAGCUUGAAUGGCAGUCGGGGAGGUUGUGUCGGGUUCGGAGAGGGUAUCGUGUCGUUGGGGCGCGUCGUGCGAUAGUUUCAUCUGUAGUAAUUCCAUCACAUUAGCUCUUGGAUCGAAGAUGGGACGGGGAUGCAAGCCAAAAUGUGGGACGUGAUUCCACCAAAAGUAUUCUGGCCUCUCGUCAUGCAGAAGGACCAUCAAGUUCCGCUGAUGAUGGGGUGUGUGCGGAGGAGGAAAUGACUUGGGAGGAGGAUCGCGAGUGACUCGACGAGAAAGAAGCCAGGUCCACCAGAACGGGCAUAGAGGUACAUCGCCGAUAUGGAACCAGGGAAAAUAUCGGCGGG